AUGGCUAUUAAACGAGAAAAUACAAUGGUUUUAGACUUCAAAAAUGUUAGGAAAAAACCUCCUAAUAUUAGUAUUCACCGUUGGAUUAAACAAAUAUUUAAUUUCACCAAUGACCAACUGGUAUGUAUACAGUUUGAUCACAUUCGUUCAAAAGUUUUUAUUAAAGUAAUAUCUGAGUGGUUGGUAAAAAAAACAAUGCAAAAAUUUGAAUCUGGGAAAUUAAUUUAUACAGAUGAAGAACAAGAUUAUGAAAUUUAUAUAAGCGAAGAAUCAGAUGAUAUAUGGAUAAGAAUUUAUGACUUUCCUCCGGAACUAAAGAACUCUAAGAUAAUCGAACAUUUUGGUAAAUAUGGAAUUGUAAAAACCAUUCGAAAUGAAACUUGGUCAGGUGACGAUUUAUAUAAUGUGGAAAGUGGUGUGAGAUCAAUGUUAAUUUCAAUGAAAAAAAAGGUACCAUCUUACGUUACAAUCGAGGGGACCACUUCGUUGGUCACGUAUAAAAAUCAAGAACGUACAUGCAUGUUUUGUGACAAUCCUGGACAUGAAAGAAGGGAUUGCCCGAACAAACCAAAUAACAGAAUAAUUGCAAUUAGAAGACCAGACGCCGCGAUACCAGUUGCAGCGGUGUCAGAUGCUGCGGUACCAGAUGAGGCGGUACCAGAUGAUGCGGUACCAGAUGCUACGAUAUUAGAAGAGGUAAAUGCUCACAUGGCUAUAUCCCACAAAGAUACAAACAUCAGUCACUCAGAUAUGGACAAAAUCUCAAAGUUUAUAACAAACGAAAUUACGCAUCAUGACGAUGCUAAUUCUGACUCAGAAAACCAAAUGUUUUUUGAAAACACCCUUGCAACACCUAUCGCAGAUAUUAAAACAACAGAAGAUCAUAGUGCACUUCCAAACAUAACUAUUCACAAUCCUCCACAAUAUUCAACCUUGGCAAGUGAAAAAGAGGCUGCCGAUCUUACAUCCCAAAUCGAUAUUAUUUCAGCGACUCCAGAAAACAUGAACAAAAAAACUGAGAAAAAGAGAAAAAAGAAAGAAAAGUCUAGUGAAAGCUCGGGCGAAGAAGAAAGAAAAGUUCCAAAGUUACAAAUUAAUUUGAAAAAUCAAAGUAGUCAAAUAAUUGAUGAAAGUGAAGAUAACAUAAAGGAAAAUAAUGAAAGCGAUACCCAAAUGAGCGACUCUGAUUUAUUCUUUUAG